AUGUCUUCAACCAAGGCUGAUAGGAAGGCUGCUGCUGAUACAGCCUCAUGGAUGUUCAAUGUUGUCACGUCUGUUGGAAUCAUCCUGGUCAAUAAAGCCUUGAUGGCUACCUACGGUUUUAGUUUUGCUACAACAUUAACGGGUCUGCAUUUUGCCACAACAACAUUGUUAACUGUUAUUCUUAGGUGGCUGGGUUAUAUCCAGCCUUCCCAUCUACCACUGCCUGACCUUCUGAAGUUUGUUUUGUUUGCAAACUGUUCUAUUGUUGGAAUGAAUGUGAGUUUGAUGUGGAACUCGGUUGGAUUUUAUCAGAUUGCAAAGCUGAGUAUGAUCCCAGUAUCUUGUUUUCUGGAAGUUGUCUUGGACAAUGUGCGGUAUUCAAGGGACACAAAGCUUAGCAUAUUAGUAGUGCUUCUUGGUGUGGCAGUGUGUACUGUUACGGAUGUGAGUGUUAAUGCUAAGGGAUUUAUAGCUGCCAUAAUAGCAGUUUGGAGCACUGCCCUGCAGCAGUAUUAUGUACAUUAUCUUCAACGGCGGUAUUCUCUUGGAUCUUUCAACUUAUUAGGGCACACUGCUCCAGCACAAGCUGCAUCUUUGCUGGUAGUGGGGCCCUUUUUGGACUAUUGGUUGACAAACAAUAGAGUUGAUGCCUAUGGCUACACUUUCACAUCAAUUUUGUUCAUAGUCCUGUCGUGCAGUAUUGCGGUAGGGACAAACCUCAGCCAAUUCAUCUGCAUUGGUAGGUUUACCGCUGUGUCAUUCCAAGUGCUUGGACAUAUGAAAACAAUUCUUGUCCUGAUCUUAGGAUUUAUUUUCUUUGGGAAAGAGGGUCUCAAUCUUCAUGUAGUUGUAGGAAUGAUCAUUGCAGUCGCAGGAAUGAUCUGGUAUGGCAAUGCCUCCUCCAAGCCUGGAGGAAAGGAGCGCCGUAGUCUUUCAAUGAAUGGCAACAAAUCACAAAAACACGAAGGGUUACCAGAAUCCACCGAGGUGGAUGAUAAGGUUUAG